AAAAAAAUUCUCAUUACGCUCUCUGCUGGGUUCCAGUAGAUCGGCGAGUGUAGACAUCUUUAGAUCCGUGUAAAUGUUGUGAUACAGUUAGGGAACUCUUUUGGCGCUCACUACAGACGGCGGCUGAUUGUUUUAUUGUCUGUAUUUAGGGUGUGUUGUGAAUUCAGCCAUAUUGCGUAGUGAACUCUAGAAGAAUCCACAGCACAGGGUCAUCGGUGCGCGUGACGUUUCCUGCCGGUGUUUUAACAGUAGGUGGACAGAAAGAGGAUUAGCUAGCUACAGUAGCAUCAGUUAUUAACUUCAGUCUGAGUUAAUCGCGGAUAUGAGGAGUCUGCCGUAUUUCUGCCGAGGACCAGUGAUUCGAGGAUUUGGACGAGGAAGCAAAGACCUGGGAAUCCCGACAGCAAACUUCCCCGAGUCUGUAGUGGACAGUCUGCCGUCUGACAUGAGCACAGGCAUCUACUAUGGCUGGGCACGCGUGGACAACGGAGAUAUCCACAAGAUGGUGAUGAGCAUUGGCUGGAACCCCUACUAUAAAAACGUCAAGAAAUCCAUGGAAACGCAUUUGUUCCACAAUUUUAAGGAGGAUUUCUACGGUCAUAUGUUAAGUGUUGCAAUGGUGGGGUACAUUCGCCCAGAAAGAGGAUUCAGCUCACUAGAAGAACUGAUCGCAGCGAUUCACAGUGACAUUGAAGAGGCAAAAAGACAGUUGGACCUGCCUGAGCACAUAAAACUGAAGGAAGACACGUUUUUCAGGACGUCUAUAUCCACAACAACCGACCAGAUCUUGAACGGUCACUAAAUGGGACUUGUCACUUGAUCGAGUUUCCCAUACUUCAGUUUUAUGGGGUUGAAACCACUAACACAGGCAUUAUUUUUGCACUAUAGCAUCUUUCAGAGAGGUUUACACGUUAAUUUGAGUGGUGCAGACACUGAUUUGUCUUGGACAUGCAAGCCAAGGUUAUCCCUUUUUAUAGAUGAAGAAACGUGGAGUUUCAGCAGUUGGGUUGCACUGGUUUUCAUAAAGGAAUGAAGUUACCUCAAGUUCAGACCACCAACAAACAGAUGGUUCCCAAGCUGAGAAACUAGGAACUUUCAUGACCGAGUUAAGGUCUUUUAGAUCACUGAUAUCAGAGUGUACAGUCCAAGGGAUAUCUGAAAUUAGUCAUAUGCUUGGCUUCUUAUUGAAUCCUUUCUGCGGAUGAUGACUUGCUGUAAAAUUUUCUUCAUGGGUUGUGAUUUUUUUACUUGAAUAGUGCAGUUUGAUUUUAACAGAGCUAAUCUACAUUUUAAAAAUGAAGAUGCUACGGUACAUUGGCUGGUCCUAUUUUUUUUUUUAAAGUUAAUUUAUAGCUCAUGGAAUAUAGAGGUCAGUUUGUCUCCAAGUAUUAACCCAGGUCUCAGUCUACGAAGCUAACUGACAGCUUCUUAUUAACCUGUUAGGCUGGUCACUUGAACGGAAAUGGUUUAAUCCAAACCUCAGUAGCUCAUACACACAACUAUAAAUAAAGAUAAUCAACUUGGACCUGAAGUGUUGUGAUGUUGGUGGAAAGCUUUAUGAUUCUGAUAAAAAGGCAAAAUAUAUAUUAUUGCACACAUUUAAAGAACACUCAUAAAAUAAAUU